GAACCGGCCUCCUGUCUCCCCGUGGAAACUUCAGGAGCGACCUCCUCCUCGCUGAACCCGAGUCCCAGUCCCUUGGAGGCUGCAGCCAUGAAGGAGAGACGGGCGCCGCAGCCGGUGGUGGUCAGAUGUAAGCUCGUGCUGGUGGGGGACGUGCAGUGUGGGAAGACGGCGAUGUUACAGGUGCUAGCGAAGGACUGCUAUCCCGAGACCUAUGUGCCUACCGUGUUUGAGAAUUACACAGCCUGUUUGGAGACUGAUGAACAGCGAGUGGAGCUCAGCCUCUGGGAUACUUCAGGGUCUCCUUACUAUGACAACGUCCGUCCACUCUGCUACAGCGACUCGGAUGCGGUGUUACUGUGCUUUGACAUCAGCCCGCCCAGAGACUUAUGGACAGUGCACUCAAAAAGGUGAGGCUGGAGAACAGAAAUCCUAGACUAUUGUCCCCCAGCACCCGGGUUUUUGCUGAUUGGCUGCAAGACAGAUCUGCGAACAGACCUGAGCACUCUCAUGGAGCUUUCCCACCAGAAGCCAGGCACCAUCUCCUAUGAGCAGGGCUGUGCCAUAGCCAAGCAGUUGGGCGCAGAAAUCUACCUGGAGGGCUCGGCUUUUACCUCAGAGAAGAGUAUCCACAGCAUCUUCCGGAUGGCAUCCAUGGUGUGUUUGAACAAGCCUAACCCAGGGCCCCCGAAGAGCCCUGUCCGCAGCCUCUCCAAGCGACUUCUCCACCUCCCCAGUCGCUCUGAACUCAUCUCUUCCACCUUCAAGAAGGAAAAGGCCAAGAGCUGUUCCAUCAUGUGAAGCUGGAGCCAGAGGCGGGGGAGACAGCCCCCCACUUCCUCCCUUGGGGUGCAGAGGCACGGGGAGAGGGAGGAUGAGACAGUUUAAGACCCUGGAUGUGACUUUUUCAGAUGGCCACAGUGAGGGCUCAGGAGACAGGAAUGGAACUGAAGAAGCCAGGCCUGGCAGGAGGGCCUGACAUUAAGCAAGAACCAUCACACCCCAAGCCAGGCAGUAGGCUGUGGAGAGAGCAGUUGCCCCAAUGUCUCCUACUUCAGAGGAAGGAAGGGUAUUGGGGGACUGGGGACAUGCUGGCCUCACCUUCAGCACCAUGUUCUUCCACACAGCAUUCCCAUGCAGGCUGGGGAUGGGAAGGGCCCUUGAGCUCUCCCCGUCCUCUCUGAGAAGUGCCAAUGGACUGGACAAUGGGAAAGCUUAGCCCAGAUGCUUCAUAACUGAAACCAGGAGGGCAAGGGCUGACCAGAGCUGGGAAGGAAACCUCAUCUUUGCAUAGCCCAUGCGUCAUAGAGAGGUGACAUCAUACAUUCACACACUUCUCACUGAAGUCCCCAGGGCCCAGGGGAGAAGCCCCAGACCCCCUUCUCUUGCAGAAUGUGGGGGUGGUGGUGCUGCAGGGGCAGGACUGAUGGUGGCCGCCAGACUUUCCUGCCCUCAGGGCGGUACGGUUGGCAUUUGUUUUCUAGACUCUUGUCUUUGGAAUUUGGGGGGGGGGGGUGUUUCAAUCUGUUGUCUGUUCUGUGUUUAAAGAGGAGAACCUAUUUAUUAAUGAAAUAUAACAUAUAACGAA